UUGGACGGGAAAAGAUGUUUGAAUGAAAUGUACACUAAACAACCUGUUUGUCGGUCUGUCUGGGGGAAUCAAUAGAUCUGUUUUUCGUUCGUGUGUGUAUAUAAUUAAUCCCUUCAUUCUUUCGGAAGACGUUUAUUGUAGCCUAAAAUAGGUUCUUCCUGGAGUUAGUGGAACAAUUGUUGACUUCCCGCCAUUUCCUGCAAGGAGAUCUGGGGGAGCGCUGUGAGCACUAUUUGUGGUAUUAAAAGCCAACAAAAUGCUUUCUGAGAUAACCCGACAACUUUGACAACACAAGCAUUGGCAAUUUAAGCUUUGUCAACACAAGCAUCGAAAAUAGAGGCUAUAACAUCCCAAAUGGCGGGAAGAGUAGCUGUGAUCGGAGCUGGUUCAUCAGGCGUCACCGCUGUCAAGUGUCUUCUUGAAGCCGGAUUCAGCGAUGUCGUCUGCUACGAAAGAAGGGACGUGAUUGGUGGACUGUGGUAUUAUAAAGAAACAGCUGCUGAGUGGAAGGAUGAAUCCUGUGUGAACAGGGCUACAGUCAUCAACACAAGUAAAGAAUUCAUGGCCUUUUCAGACUAUCCCAUGCCGGACUACUACCCAAACUUUUGUCACAACGCAGAUGUUGAAGAUUAUUUCCAAGACUACUGCCGACAUUUCGGUGUAGAUAAAUACAUCAAGUUUAAUUCUGAAGUAAUGUACCUCAAGAAACACAGUUCAUACCAGAGUACAGGAAAAUGGGAAAUAAGAAUCAAAGAUCACAAAACUGGAAAAGAAUUUCUGGAAGUGUUUGACUUUGUCAUUGUGGCUAAUGGUCAUCACGGAACUCCAAAUUUACCAACAUUCCCUGGACUAGAAUCAUUUCAAGGAGUCACUAUGCAUUCCAAAGAUUUUAAAGAUGUCCGCUCUGUCAAGAGUUCUAGAGCAGUUGUCGUAGGAAUCGGUAACUCUGGUGGAGACAUUGCAGUAGAACUGAGCAAGUACACGAAGGUGUUUCUGAGCACCAGGAGAGGAGCUUGGAUUUUAAACAGGUUGGAAGCGAAUGGACUUCCUUGGGACUUUUACUACCACAGCCGACUGCUAAGGAUUCUGCUACGUCUUCUUCCCCGUUCAUAUAUGAAUUCAAAGAGAAAAGCAAUUCUCAAUCAAAAAUUUAAUCAUGAUCUUUAUCACCUGACACCUCUUCAUGAACCUGACGCGACACACCCAACGGUCAAUGACGAACUUCCCAACAGGAUAGCCGCAGGCAUGGUCAAGGUCAAACCUAACAUUAAGUCCUUUUCAACAAAAGGAGUGACAUUUGAGGAUGGAACUUAUGAGGAUGACAUUGACUUGGUUGUUUUUGCGACUGGAUACAACGUCGAAUAUCCUUUCAUUGAUAAAGAUGUAGUGCAAGUGCGACAAAAUAAAGUAGAGCUCUUCCAGUACAUGUGGUUGCCAGAGUUACCCAAACAAACUAUUGCAUUCUUGGCCGUCUGCCAACCUCUGGGCGCCAUGUUUCCCAUCGCUGAAAUGCAGAGCCGCCUGGCGGCAAGAGUCUUCAAAGGGGAAGUGAAGUUACCUCCUCCUGCCAGCAUGAAGAAGGACAUUUGUGCCAAAGAGAAGGCAAUGCGCCGUCGUUACAUAGACACCCAGAGACACACUAUUCAAGUGGAUUGGCUCCCUUACAUGGACGAGCUUGCCACAGUAGUUGGCUGUAAACCAAAUCUACUUAAGUUACUGGUGACAGAUCCAAGAUUAUUUUGGCGAGUGCUAACAGGUCCUGGAGUUCCCUAUCAGUUCAGACUACAUGGACCUAAUCCCUGGCCCGGAGCGAGGCAGGCUAUAUUCACAGUGAUUGACCGCAUUGAAAAACCUUUCAACACUCGACCAUUGCCUACAAAGAAAACUUCGAAAACCAAAAGAAUUGUUCUGCUUUCUCUGGGGGUUGCUGUGGUGGGGGCAGCGCUAUUGUAUGUGAAAGAAAGAAACAUAGAACUUUGGAAGGAUUGGAACAUUGGCGUUUUUACGUGAAAAUCCUAUGAUUAAAACGCUGACAGAAAAAAACCAGCAUCAAACUUAUUUGCUUUUUUUUUUUUUUUCAAACCAGAAAAGCAAUCUAAAUGUUUGUCUUUUUUUUCAUUUUUUCUUUUGUCACUAAAUACGUAAAUAGGUAAAGAUCCCUUUCAGACCUUGCGAUCUAUUGGGGUUAUAUGUUUUAUAUAUGUUAUAUAUAUAUACGUUUUGCCAAUCUAUUUAUGCAGAUCAUUUUAGUAUCAGUCAUUUUAAUGAUAGUAGUUAUUAUUUAGGUGUAGAUUUCUUUGUUCAAAUCAGUGCAGCAACAAUUCACUUACCCUAAACAAUGACUUUCAUAUUCUGCUGUUAUGUUUAUCAUGAUUACUGUAUUUUUAUAUGCAUCUUCUUAUAGAGUCAGUUUUAAAUAAUGGAAUAAAUAUCUAGAGUUAAAUAUUGGCUUAUAAAGACUUACAACUAUCUGAUCUACACAAAAUGCAACAAACAUCUAUAAAUCAUGUGCCUACGAUAAAAUGAAUUUUGCGAUAGACUUCGCAACUUGUGCAGUCCUUACAAAUUGCUUAUAACAGAAAGAAAUAGAAUACUAUCUGCUACGCAAAUAAAAACAAGAAAACAAAUCUUAUCAAUUGAGUUUGUCCAUGUGUAGUUUGAAAACAUUUGCAUGCUAUUUCUUAAUAAAUUCAAUUUAAUACUGUA